AUGGAUCGUGAUUAUUGGAUGUAUAAAAUUUCGCGUGUAUCCGAAAUUUAUACAGUGGGUGUUCGAAGUUUUAUUAAGGCUGCCGAAGCAAAUCGCAUAAAGAAAGGAAGUAGUUCGAUUUGUUGUCCUUGUGCCAAAUGUGAAAACCUUAGAUAUUAUAAUUGCAAUGAAAUAGAGUUCCAUUUGUUCGAAUAUGGUUUUAUGCCUCAAUACCAUUGUUGGUCAAGGCAUGGAGAGUCACUAGUUGAAUUUAGCACCUCAUCGACCACUUUAGACAUUAAUGAUAGUAAAUACAACAACGACUCAUUAUACGUUGAUGACCAUUCAAAUGACCCUAGUGACAAUUUAAAUGAUAUGUUAAAUGACAUGGAGACUAAUAUGGGUGAUGCCGAAAAAGAAAAUCUACAACAACUAUUUGAAGAUGAAGAAAAAACAUUAUAUACCGGUUCUAAAUUUACGAAACUUGAUGCUGUGUUGAAGUUGUUGAACUUGAAAUCGAAAAACGGAUGGAGCGAUAAAAGUUUUACAAAUUUAUUAGUGCUUUUGCAUGACAUGCUUCCGGAAGAUAAUGAAUUACCAGUUUCGACAUACCAAGCAAAAAAGUUGAUGUGUCCGAUGGGAUUGGAGGUUGAAAGAAUACAUGCAUGUCCAAAUAAUUGUAUAUUGUAUAGAAAUCAGUAUGCAAAUGAACAUAAAUGUGUUAAGUGUGGUGCAUCCAGGUAUAAACGACUAAAAGAUUCGGACGACGCUGACGAUGAUGUGAAAAAAAAUGGACCACCAGCUAAAAUGUUGUGGUAUCUCCCCAUUAUACCGAGGUUGAAAAGGUUAUUUUCAAACGAAAAAGAAGCAAAAUUAUUACGUUGGCAUUCGGAUGAACGUGUAAUUGACCAAAAAAUAAGGCAUGUGGCGGAUUCACCUCAGUGGAGAACCAUUGAUAACAAGUAUCCUGAAUUCGGGAAGGAGAUGAGAAACAUACGGUUUGGGCUUAGUUCAGACGGGAUGAAUCCUUUCGGGAACAUGAGCAGUCGUCGUAGUACGUGGCCGGUUCUUUUAUGCAUCUACAAUCUUCCACCGUGGUUAUGCAUGAAACGGAAAUACAUUAUGAUGUCGUUGUUGAUUCAAGGUCCUAGACAGCCUGGUAAUGAUAUUGAUGUGUAUUUGUCUCCUUUAAUUGAUGACUUAAAAACUCUUUGGGAUUCGGGUGUAGAAGUAUAUGAUGCAUAUAAGAAAGAACACUUUCAAUUGCAUGCCAUGAUUUUCUGUACAAUAAAUGAUUUUCCAGCAUAUGGCAACUUGUCAGGAUAUAGUACGAAGGGUAAGAAAGCUUGUCCUGUUUGUGAAGAUGAAACAAGCUCAAUAUGGUUAAAAAAUUGCAAUAAAACUGUAUACAUGGGGCAUCGACGAUUCCUUCCGAAGGGUCAUAGUUUUAGGAAGAAAAAAGAGGAGUUUAACGGAGAGAUCGAGACCGGAACGAUGAGGACGCGGUUUGAUGCAUUUGCACGAGUUGAAAAUCUAAAUACUGUGUUGGGAAAAAGAUCUCGUGAUAAGAGUGGAAUCAAUUGGAAAAGAAAAUCAAUCUUUUGGGAUUUACCUUACUGGAGAGAUUUAAAUGUUAGGCAUUGUCUAGAUGUUAUGCACAUAGAAAAAAAUGUAUGUGAUAGCUUGAUAGGCUUAUUAUUAAAUAUUCCGGGUAAAACUAAAGACGGGAUUAAUGUCCGAAAAGACAUGGUACUUUUGAAUAUACGUAAAGAUCUUGCCCCAGAACAAAGAGGCGACCGUAUUUAUCUGCCACCUGCUUGUUAUAACACAACAAAAGAAGAAAAGAGGCAGUUCUGUCAAUGUUUACAUGAUAUUAAGGUUCCAUCAACUUAUUCUUCAAACAUUAAAAGAUUGGUGUCGAUGAAAGAUUGUAAAUUGCUUGGAAUGAAGUCUCAUGAUUGUCAUGUUUUGAUGACACAUAUGAUUCCUAUCGCGAUUCGUGGAUUGCUACCUGAUAACGUCCGACAUACGAUCACAAAACUUUGUUUGUUUUUUAACAACAUUCACUCAAAGGUUAUUGACAAAGAAGACUUGGAUAAAUGGCAAAAAGAUAUUUAUGUUACCCUUUGUGAACUAGAGAUAGAUUAA